GUAAUGGUAAAUGUUCUGUAAGCAGUCCUACAGAAGGUUUUACUUGCAUUUUGGAUGCCAUUGAUGAUAUCCGUCAAGGGAAGGUUAUUUCUUUAUUUUGUUUUCUUCUCUUCUCUAUAGUCUUUAUCUCUCUCUAUAUUGCUAAUUUGGGAGGUUUGAGAGGUGUAGAGGGUUAUCUGCAAUUCACCUUGUAGUAUUUUCACUUUCUACCUUUCUCAAUCGUCUAUCUUUAAACAUAUAUGAGUGUGCUUAUGCAAUGCUCUCUGUAGCCACCAUAUUUCAUAUUAGAUCCAGUGUCUGCAGAAAUGUAUUGUUAAAGAUAAAGUUGGAAAACUGAGUUCGAAAUGAAUUUUAAACUUUAACUGGAAAUACAUGACAAUGGGCACUAUCCUCUACAUGUUUAUGGGAGUAAAAUUAAUAAUUAAUACUAUUAAAUAGUCCCUCCUUGAAUAUCUAUCAUAUUCUGUUUCAAGGUUUGAUUUGGAUUUUGGGCAACUUAGACAGUCAUUCUCUUCAUCUCUAUCUGUUCUUUGUAGAUGGUGAUCAUUUUAGGUAAAGAAAAGCGAGAAAAUAAAGGGUAUCUAAUGGUGGCAGCUUCACAUAUAUCACCUGAAGCUAUAGAUUAUUUUAUGAGGCGAGGAUCUGGGAUCAUCUAUGUGACAACGAAAGAGGAAGAUUUAGAGAGACAGCAGGACCUCUGUAUGAAGGUGGAACGCGCCGCAACUGCUUGCAGUAAUGACUUGGAAACCACUAUCCUGGCUUUAGCAUCAACGGAGUCCAAAAUUGAGGAUUUUUGCUGUUCAGGUCCUGUUUCUUUGCUAAAGUAUAGAGAGGGAGGGGUUCUGGAAAGAGCCGGGCACGGAGAAGCUGCUGUAGAUCUUGCUGUGCUUGCUGGGCUAGAACCAGUUAGGGUUUUGUGCGAGCUUUCUUGUGAAGAUGGCUCAACAGAGAGACUUGCCAAGCUUCAUGAAUUUGCUAACAAGGAGAAACUGAAAAUCAUAUCUAUCACUGAUCUCAUACGGCACAGAAGGGUAAAUGAUAUAUUGAUUAAUCAUGCUGCUAGUGCAAGUAUUCCUACUACAUGGGGGACAUUUACAGCUCACUGUUACCUGUCAAUCAUGGAUGGCAUUGAGCAUAUUGCAAUGGUCAAGGGUGCAAUAGGAGAUGGCCAAGAUGUCCUUGUGAGGGUACAUUCUGAAUGUCUAACAGGGGACAUAUUUGGCUCAGCCAGAUGCGACUGUGGGAACCAACUUGCACUUGCAAUGCGGCUGAUUGAGGAAGCUGGCAGAGGUGUAUUGGUUUACAAUCGUGGGCAUGAAGGAAGGGGCAUUGGUUUGGGAAACAAACUUCGUGCUUAUACUUUACAGGACGCUGGACUGGACACUGUUGAUGCGAAUAUAGAGCUUGGUUUACCUGUGGACUCACGCGAGUAUCACAUUAGUGCACAGAUACUGAGGCAUCUUGGAGUUCGAUCAUUGAGGCUACUGACAAACAAUCCUGUGAAAUGUGUUGAGCUCCGUAACUAUGGUCUCGCUGUUAUUGAGAGAAUACCAGUUGUCACUGCUAUCACAAAGGAGAAUGAGAGAUAUCUGGAAACAAAACGUGCUAAGAUGAACCAUGUGUUUGGCCUUGGAUCUGAUAUAUGUACGAGUAACAUUAUCAAUGGUAGUUAAGCUGCCUGCUGAGCACUGGAAUGCACUGGCUACUUUUCAUUAUCAUCAUUGAUGAAGCGGCUUGUUUUCAUGAUAGUGGACUGCUAUUAUCAAUUAAAGAAAUCCAGGAUAUUGUUUCGUUUAUGCAAGCUAAAUUUCUGCCUUCUGUACGUGCUUCAUGCAUAUAUUUGUUCUUCUUUGGCUUCUGUAAUUAGAUAUGGCAGAUUGAGGAAAUCCUGGUUUAAUUUCAGCCUGAUUUCAGGUUUUGAGUAUUUGGAUUAAAUUGGGUUAUUUAAGUUCAAGGUCCCUUCUAGACA